UUGCAGAAUAAAUUUCAUGAUGAAAUUCGCUUCAGCAAUUUUUGUUGUCCUGGUUGCGAUCAGUCCUCUGAACGCUUAUAAACUCCCAGCCACUGGUUCUGGCGCCCUCGCCAAGGAAUUGCAAGAUUUUCUAGAUUUGAUACCGAUCGACAAAGUAAUCGAAGUGACGAAGACAUACUAUGUCCAAGACACGCAAUUCCGUAACAUUAUUCAAUUGAUGAAAACUGAAGAAUUGAAACAAUGGAUGCUGGACAUCGAAUCGGUAUCCGAAUUCAAAUUACUGUUAAAUUACAUGCAAAAGAACGGUCUCGAUAUUUAUUACUUGGUUAAUCAAUUCAACAAAUCUUUGAAUCUUCCACCUCUUGUCAGUGGAAUCAAAUCCCUUUUUGGUUCUUUCGAGAAUAAAAUCAUUGGUGGCUUUAUGGGGUAUUUGAUUGAUGUUUCUGCUCUCGUUCCGAUAGACGAAUUGUCUAAUUUAUUCACUGAGAAAAGCAAAAAUUCUGAGGUAUUCAAGGCUUUCAUAGCAGAAGUAACUUCGUCUAAAUAUUUCGAUUUUUACAACAAUAUUUUCGAGGAUAAACAUUAUAAGAAUUUGGAAAACGAUGCCGUACGUUUAGGCGUAACUAGAAAUGACUUCCAUACUUUCUCUCCUAUCUUUGUUUUCGUUGCGGCAACAUUCAAAUAAUAAUGCCUUUAAUUAAUUGAUUUAUAAGAAAUAAUUAAUUCAGUGUAAUUUUAUGUAGAAAAUAUUUUUUUUCUAAAAAAAAAUAAAGU